CAGACGCCGCGUCAUUUCCAUGGGAUUAAAGACCGGCAUCGUCGGCCUCCCGAACGUCGGCAAGAGUACCUUAUUCAACGCAUUAACUGGAGACGUCAACGCCGAGGCCGCCAACUACCCCUUCUGCACGAUCGAGCCGAACGUCGGCGUCGUGAGUGUCCCGGACGAGCGCCUGAACAAGCUGUCGGAGAUCAACGCCUCCGAGAAGACGGUUCCUACCAGUCUAGAAUUCGUGGACAUCGCCGGUUUAGUCAAGGGCGCCUCGAAGGGAGAAGGUCGAGAGCUGUGUGGAAAUCAACCAGUGAGUUAGGUUCACGCCAUCGAGCAGACGCAGCUACGGAGAAAAUAUCGCGUCGAUGGCUUGGGGCGCCCGAAAUUUGAUUUCCGCACAGGUCUCGGGAACCAGUUCCUCGCGAACAUCCGCGAGUGCGACGCCAUCGUGCACAUGGUCAGGUGUUUUGAGAACGACGACGUCAUCCACGUGGAUGCCUCGAUCGAUCCCGUCCGAGACGUGGAGGUGAUCGAAUUGGAAUUGGCACUCGCUGAUUUACAGCAAGUCGAGAAGCGCAUGGAGCGCGCCGGUAAAGAUAAAAAGACGGGCAAGGCCCCGCCGGAGGAGAUGGACGCGCUGACGAAGCUCCAAGCUGCGUUGGACGAAGGAAAACAAGCUAGGGAUGUGGAUCUCAGUGAAAAAGAGCUAGAAGCCGUGAAGGGUCUCAACCUGUUAACCAUAAAACCCGUGAUCUACGCGUGCAACGUCGCUGAUGAAGAUUUAGCGGAGGGCAAUGCCUUCGUCGAAGCCAUCAAGAAACGUUCAGGAGGCGAGUCCGUUGUAGUGGUGAGCGCGCAGGUCGAGUCCGAACUUGUGAGUCUGGAUUCGGAAGAUCGCGACGAAUUCUUAGAUGCGCUAGGUGUGACGCUGGAGGGCUGUGGUUUAAGAGCACUGGUGCGCACCGCCUACGACACGCUCGGCCUGAUCACGUACUACACGUCGGGCCCGACCGAAAGCAGGGCCUGGACGAUCCGCGAGGGCUGGCUCGCGCCGCAGGCCGCGGGCGUGAUCCACGGCGACUUCGAGCGGGGCUUCAUCAAGGCCGAGACCGUCGGCUACGAGGCCCUCGUCGAUGCCGGCGACGAAAAAGCGGCGAAGGAGGCGGGUUUAAUGCGGAGCGAGGGCAAGGAGUACGUCUUCAAGGACGGCGACGUCAUGCUGUUCCGCUUUAACGUCUGA